AUGUCCGAGGUUCGCAGUUUCACCGCUCGGCCGUUGUCAAAACAGGCUCGCAGUGAUUACAAGGAUGCAUUUCGGGUCUACCUAUCCUCUUCGUCCCUGGCUGCGUUGAGGCUCCGCGCCGAUGAUCUCUGUUGUCUGACCUCUGCCGAAGGAGCCCCGAAGACCGCGAUUGCCUGGACUGCGGUGGAAAACAUCCAAAGCACCGUGGUGCAAACUUCGAGGGCUCUCCAGGACUGCUACGGAAUUAAGAUUGGAGAGAAAGUCGGUAUUAGCAGGAUAGACGGCGCUCUGGAUGAUCUUGAAUCCGUUCUCCUGCUCGAUUGCUCUGAUUCCGAGAAAAUCGCAAGGUAUGGACCGAUAGCUGCCGAGGAACGUUGCCACUGGGAAUGGGCUUUGGAAUUUCAACUUCUGAGAUGCGAAGUCCUCGCUACAGGCCUCACUUUCGAGUUGGAACUCAAAGGCCAGCGUCGGUGCUUCCAGUUGAUAAACAUACACGCCCAAAAUCCAAGCCCCAAUCGCACCAUCUUCCGUUUCACGAAGGAUACCAAGGUCUGCAUCGGAACGGAGAUGGAAGCACCCGAGGAGCCUUCCGCUUCCGAUAUCACCGUUCGGUCUACAAACCUGGGAGGUCUCUCGCGACAGAUUGAAGACAUUAACGAGAGCCUGUCCGACUUCAAUAUCGAUCCACGCAAACCGGCUAUGCCGUCAUUCUAUGAGCACAGCCGGGGUAUUCUUCUCUACGGACCAAAGGGAACGGGAAAGACGGCCCUGCUGGAGCAGAUUGAGAAAGCUGGCUGGAAACAAGUCUUUAAAAUUGGAACCUCAUCGCUUGGUCGAAGUGUCAGCGAAAGUGAGCUGAAGAUUCGCAAUAUCUUUCAGGAUGCUGCGCGCUCAAAGCCUAGUGUAAUCAUAAUCGACCAAUUGGACUUUGUCGCACCGAAGCGAACCUCUCUAGAGUCUCAGUCACUGGCUUCCGUUCUUUGCGAGAGCUUGGACGCGAUUCGGAGCGCGUCAAUUCUGGUUGUGGCCGCAACCAGGCAUCCAAACAACGUUGACGAGGCGCUCAGAACUCCACAUCGAUUUGGCGCAGAGAUUGAGCUCCAGGUUCCAACGGCACAGGACCGUGCAGAAAUACUUCGUGCGAUCCGUGGGCCUGUUUCCGCUGGAUUGACCGAUGAGCUAGUUGAAUAUCUUGCAGAGAAGACACAUGGUUACGUCGGCGCGGACCUCUUUGCUUUGCUGCAGUUGAUUUGUCGGAAAGCCCGUCAACGGCAGCUGCUGGAGCAGGACAUCACCCCUCAAAACUCCGUUUUGUCUACCAACAUAGAAAAUGAGGGGCAAAUGAGUGUCGAUCUCGUGAUACAAGAGACGGAUAUUAUGUCAUCGUUGCAAGAAAUUCGGCCAACAGCUAUGCGCGAGGUGUUCUUGGAGACUCCUAAGGUACGAUGGACAGAUAUUGGUGGACAGCACGAAGUAAAAAAACGCCUACAGCAGGCUGUCGAAAGGCCCCUCAAGGUAGGAAACAUUUCCAGUCAUCAAACUGAUCGGCAUCAAGGCUAA